AUGAUCGGGGUCCUGCUCCUGCUCCUCCUUCUCCCCUUUUUCCUGUACAUCGCUGCACCCAAAAUCAGGAAAAUGCUGUCUAGUGGGGUGUGUACAUCAACUGUCCAGCUUCCUGGGAAGGUGGCUGUGGUCACUGGAGCCAACACGGGCAUCGGAAAGGAGACAGCCAAAGAGCUGGCUCAAAGAGGAGCCCGCGUGUAUUUAGCAUGCCGGGAUAUCCAAAAGGGGGAAUUGGUGGCCAGAGAGAUCCAGACCAUGACAGGGAACCAACAGGUGUUGGUGCGGGAAUUGGACUUGGCUGAUACUAAAUCUAUUCGAGCCUUUGCUAAAGAUUUCUUAGCAGAGGAAAAGCAUCUUCACAUUUUGAUCAACAAUGCAGGAGUGAUGAUGUGUCCCUACUCUAAGACAGCAGAUGGCUUUGAGAUGCACAUGGGAGUCAACCACUUGGGUCACUUCCUCCUGACCCAUCUGUUGCUAGAGAAGCUGAAGGAAUCAGCCCCAUCAAGGGUAGUGAAUGUGUCUUCCCUAGCGCAUCACCUGGGGAGGAUCCACUUCCAUAACCUGCAGGGUGAGAAAUUCUAUAAUGCAGGUCUGGCCUACUGUCACAGCAAGUUAGCCAACAUUCUCUUCACCCAGGAACUGGCCCGGAGGCUCAAAGGCUCUGGCGUUACGACGUAUUCUGUACACCCUGGCACAGUCAACUCUGAAUUGGUUCGGCACUCACCUUUCAUGAAGUGGAUGUGGUGGCUUUUCUCCUUCUUCAUCAAGACCCCUAAACAGGGAGCCCAGACCAGCCUGUACUGUGCCAUAACGGAAGGUCUUGAGAUUCUAAAUGGGCAUCAUUUCAGUGACUGCAGUGUGGCAUGGGUCUCUGCCCAGGCUCGGAAUGAGACAAUAGCAAGACGGCUAUGGGAUGUCAGUUGUGACCUGCUGGGCAUCCCCAUGGACUGACAGGUGGUAGCAGUUGGACUCAAGAGAAACCUAUAGCAGACUACUCAGUACUCCCUGCCAAAAUGAUUCUCCUUCAUGGUGACCAAAAUCGUCAGUACAAAGAAAACAAAUCUUCCAGCCUUUCCUGCUUGAUGUCUGACAAAAGCACAGUGUACAUUGCCAGAUUCAUCAAAACACCUUGCAUUUACUCCAGAUUUAGUUUGCCCUUAUUACUGUCAGUUGCAAGAGAUAUCAGACGAUAAGAUCCUCAGAUGACCUGCGACCUGAUAUCUGCCGUCUGAAACCUACUACCUAGGAGAAUCUUAGCUAUGGCAAGGUCAAUUUAUGGUAGUUUGGAUUAGUUUCUACCCUCUUUGUUCACAAUAUAGUUCCUCCCAACCACCAUCCAACCUUCAUUUCAAGAGGGCCACACUGCAGCCUCAGCCGAACUCUGAGUCACAGUGGCUUGACUCAAGAGCAGGACUCAUCCCU